GAGUAGACUUCCUGCAAACCACAAGUGUUUUAAACUAGGAAGCAAGAUGAUGAGUGGGUUAUCGGGUGAGGGUGUGUCGAGGGGGGAGGAGGACCAGUUGCUGAAAAAGUUGGAGAAACUUACGACCGAGUGUGGAAGAGAGGAGAGUUGCCGGUUCAACCUGGAUCCACAAAUAUUCCUGGAAGUAGACAUAGUUCUUACGAAGCAUGUCGCAAAUGACGAAACAUGCAUUGUCGAAGAUGCUUUCCCCAUUGUCACUCAGAUUCUACGGUUCCUGAGAAAUGCUGUCGCUGCUUGCAAACCAAACCAAGACUUUAUUCGUGAAAAGACGGAUAUUAUCUUAACGUCGAACAAGGUGUUGGAUCAAAUGACUGACUUGAUCAAAACCGCUGGGGACAGCACUCGCUUCGAAAAUUAUCUGGUGGUUGCAAGAUGCACACUUCAGUUCCUGAUGAAUUUUAUGGUGAACAAUUUGGACAAUGUUGAUACACUCAUCUCUCUGUCUACAGUUACUUCCAUAUCCCAAUUAUUUACAACUACUCAGGACGAAAAAAUUAUUGAGUAUGCUGCCAUGAAUUUCCAUACGUUCCUAAAACAGAAGCCGGAUAUUGAAUUAGAUAUUGCCAUUAUUCCUGUUAUUCUUGGAAACACCCAUCUGGAAUUCAUAAUGUAUGUGAUUGAGACUCUUGCUACAAAUGACCAAUUUCUACGUCGUAUCUACCCAGGUCUUAGCGUGGAGCUUCGGGUGAAAUUUAUACGUGUUAUUGUUGCUCAUACCGAACUUCACGAUAAAUUACCACCCGAGAUUACGACGUUCUUUUCUGAUGAAUUCAAACAAAAAUCCGACCUCAUCCUAAAAUCUCAACUACAGAAUGACGACUGGAUGGCGUGGGAAAUUGCGUCCCUUUUGGAACUGCUUUGCUGCCUCAGUGCAUUAGAUCAGUCCAUCUUAAAAGCAGAUGUUUCUCUCCUAACGACAGUGAUCUUUCUACUAAAAUCAGUCCAUUCGGUGAGUAAAGCCGAUCCUGGGUCCACGUCAAAGGAGACGCUGGAUUUUUCUUCAGUCACAAACAUUGAUGCAAUGACAGGCAGUGAAGAGAUGCGAGACCAACCAACUUUCCAAUUCAAAGCCCACUUAAUCAGGCUCACUGCAAAUCUAAUUUAUCGUAACUUCGCCAACCAAGAGAUGGUGCGAGAGAUGGAAGUUCUCCCAGUGAUCUUGGACAGUUGUAAUAUUGACGCUAGAAACCCAUUUAUAACACAGUGGGCAGUUCUCGCCAUACGUAAUGCGUGCGAAGGUAAUACGGCCAAUCAAGAACUGGUUCGCUCAGUGCAACAAAUUGAUACAAAGGACAAAUUAAGCAAAGUACAAUUAGUUGGACUGUAAUAAAUCGUUUGAUAACUAAUGCGCAAGGGAUGUAUUAUAUUAUUAGAUAAUUAGAAUGGCAUUUUAUUGAAAUUUGAAGAGGAAAGGUAUAGUUUAGCUACUUUAAAUUGUAGUAGUAAGUUCAACGUAUAUAAAACGUUACAUAAUUAAUGUAACACAAAUAAUAGUGAUUAAUAAUAGUAAUAGCUAACAAUUGAGAGAAAGAACUUUCGAAUUAAUACAUGCCAACUUAGAGUGGCAGAGGAAAAGUAUCUAAUUUGUACUUUUAAAAUUUAGUGUCAUAUGAAUUAAUUCGUAAAACAGUAUACCAG